AUGCUGCUCCCACGAUUACAGCCGCAAUUGCGGGCAUCUCUCGCAUCAAUCGGACGAGCUGCUGCUGCAGGGAGCUCACAAGGCUGUCUAAAUGAAGCAUUUGGUCAGCUCUCGAUAAGAGCAGCUUCUCCUGUCCUAACCUUCGUACGACACGCCUCUCAUGCUCAACAAGGAGCUGUCAAUAAAGCGAAAGAUGGCCCGGGAAAGCGUCUUGGUGCCAAGAAAUCUGGAGAACAAUAUGUGAUUCCCGGCAACAUUAUAUUCCGCCAACGCGGCACCCAUUGGUUCCCGGGCGAAAACUGCGCAAUGGGACGAGAUCAUACGAUAUAUGCGACGGCCAGCGGAUACGUCAAAUACUACAAGGAUCCAGAGAAGCAUCCAAAGAGACAAUACAUUGGAGUUGUCUUCGAGCGGAACCAAGUCCUCCCUCUCCCCCGAAAUAGUGUGCGCAGACGGAGGCUCGGCAUGGUUGCUACAAAGAUGGAGUUACCUCCUGUGGAAGAGACCACUGUCCGCACGGAUUUGGUGCUCGAGGGGGACGCCAGUACUGGGGUUACCGUCAAACAGACUAAGAAGAAGGAGAGAAAGGGCGAGGAGGGAAGAAACUUGCAAUUGAGGCCCGGAUACAUGUACCGAGAGGCCAAUUGGGAGAUUGGGCGAGCGGCGGAGAGGGCCAAGGUCAAGGUGCGGGAGUUCAAGCCUCGGGAUCGAUGGACGGCCUGGAGAAAAACAACCAUUCGAAAGGCGAAGAAUGCGGAGAAGAAGGGCCUGGGAAGGAGAAGAUAA